AUGUCGCGCUCCAGGACGGCCACGCAGGUCCUCCGCGACCUCGCACGCGGCGUCCGGUCCCUCUCGGGCAGCUCGGCUGCUUCCAAGGCCUGCCCGGGCGAGACCCUCCCGCCCAUCUCCAAUGCGCACAAGUUCGACGGCACCAAGGCCCUCGACAUCCCGAACCGCUUCUUGAUGGGACCGGGCCCGGCGAACGCGUACCCGCGGAUUCUGGCAGCGCAGGCCAUGCCGCUGCUGGGACACCUGCACCCGCCGCUGCUGAAGAUCAUGGACGAGUGCCAGGAGGGCCUGAGGUACCUGUUCCAGACGGACAGCAAGUACACGCUGCUGGUGAGCGGCACGGGCCACGCGGGGAUGGAGGCCGCGAUCGCGAACCUCCUCGAGCCCGGGGAGACCAUCGUGGUGGGGAACAAGGGCGUGUGGGGCACGAGGGUGUGCGACCUGUCGGAGCGCUACGGAGCCAAGGUGGUGGACAUGAAGGGCGAGGGCGGCAAGGCGUUCGACCUCGCCACGAUCGAGGCGAACCUCAAGGAACACAAGCCCGCGGUGCUGUUCCUGUGUCAGGGCGAGUCCAGCACGGGCGUGCACCAGAGUCUGGCGGGCCUGGGGGACCUGUGCAAGAAGUAUGACACGCUGCUCCUGGUGGACACCGUGUGCUCCCUGGGCGGCGUCCCGCUGUACGCGGACGACUGGGGCGUGGACUGCAUAUACUCGGGCUCGCAGAAGUGCCUCUCGGCGCCCCCCGGCGCGUCGCCGUUCUUCUUCAGCGAGCGCGCGCUGCAGAAGCUCAUGUCGCGGAAGACCAAGCCCGCGACGUUCAACCUGGACAUGACGAUGAUCGGCGACUACUGGGGCUGGUGGGACAAGCGCAGCUACCACCACACGGGCGUGGUGUCGACGUUCUACGCCAUGCGCGAGGCGUUCGCGAUCGUCAACAACGAGGGGCUCGAGGCCAUGUGGAAGCGGCACCAGGACAUGCACGAGAUGCUCUGGGAGGGCCUGACCAAGUUCGGGCUCAAGCCGUACGUCGAGGACGACGCGGCGCGGCUGGCGACGGUCAACACCAUCCGCGCCCCGGACGGCGUGGACAUCGCGAAGGUCAUCGGCAACGCCAUGGAGAAGUACUCGGUGGAGAUUUCGGCGGGUCUGGGCCCGAGCGCCGGCAAGGUGUGGCGCAUCGGCCUCAUGGGCAUGAACGCCCGCCCCCAGAACGUCCGGCUCGUGCUCAACGCGUUCGAGGACGGCCUCAAACAGCAGAAGUUCCUGUGA